AUGACAACGCUUUUCACUCUUCCGAUCACCUCCACCGGGGGCUCAUUCGUUUGCAGCAACCCUCCAUCUCCCAAGGAAGGCGGGGAGACAGAGAAAAAUAUCUACCUCCUCACAUUUGUCUCUCCUCCGGAUAACCGACUGACGACGGAUUUCAUCGAGGCUUUUCUCCUUGCGUUGGACAUUAUCGAACACCGAUAUCCUAAGGGGGUUGUCAUUACGACGAGUGGAAUAGGCAAGUUCUUCAGCAAUGGGUUGGAUUUGGCGGCCAUUGCGUCCCAGCCGGACUUUCUGGAUGGGUACCUGUGGAAGCUAUUUAGGCGGCUUUUGACCUACCCCAUGCCCACAAUUGCUCUUAUAAACGGACACGCCUUCGCGGGAGGUCUGAUGUUGGCUAUGUUCCACGACUACCGUGUUCAGAACCCAUCCCGCGGCUUCGUCUGUCUUAACGAGAUCGAAUUCGGUGUGACGCUGCAAGCUCCUAUGAUGAGCAUAUUCCGUGAAAAGAUAUCACCCACGACAUUCCGCACGCUUGUCCUGGAAGGAAAGCGGUUUCCCGGACCUGAGGCCCUCCAGGCGGGCAUUGUCGAUGUCGUGGGAGGCCUAGAGGAGACUCUUAAGUUUAUUAAAGAUCGCAAGUUGGUCUUGAAGCCCAAUUCCGGUAUCUGGGGUUCGAUGAAGGAGGAGAUGUACAGAGAGAGUUUGGCAAUCUUGGAUAGCCACCAAGCAAAUCUGAAGUGGAGGGACAAUGUUGAAGAGCAGAAGACGGCGCAGGCUGAGAAGGCUAAAGCGGCUGUACAAAAGUGGGAGAAGAGUCAAGGGAAGGCUAAACUUUAA